UUUUGUCCGUAACAUUGUAAAGUCGUCAAUAAAGACGGAUAAGCAUACAUAACACUGGCGACGAGGUUAUUGCGAACCGUGUAAGCAUGCGUUGAACCAAUGCCCAAUCGCAAGCCGAGUGAUUUUGAAUGUUUUAGUAACGAUUACAGUGAAAUAUCGAGCCUCCCGAGAACUGAACUGUGUAUACGUUUAAAAAGUGCGGGUGUGCCGUAUGAAACAAAAGACUCUACCGAAAGACUAAGACGAAAAUUAAUCGAGCAUUUGCAGUCAAAGGAGGAACAAAAGCAAGACCGAAUAGGCGAAACAAGGGCCAAUGAUAUAGUAACGAUGGAAUCAAAAAUCAAACUGGAAUUCGAACUAGGUAAAGAUGACUGGGAAACAUUUAUUGAGAGGCUAGAACUGUAUUUCACGGUGAAUAAUACAAUAGACGAAAAAAAGCAAGCAGCUAUUUUAUUAACAAAAGUAAGUCCAGAUACCUACAAGCUAAUUAAGAACCUCUGUUAUCCACAAAAACCGAAAGAUAAAACGUUCAAAGAAAUCGUAGAAAUAUUAACAAACCACCUAUGCCCGAAGCCAUCGGAAACAAUGGAAAGGUGCAAAUUUUACGCAACGAAGCAGACAAUGACAGAAAGUGUAUCGGAUUAUGUAGUUCGAUUGAAAGAAUUAUCGUUAAACUGUAAUUUCUCAUCAAAAGAAACAGCGUUGUGAGACCAACUGGUAUGUGGACUCCAA